AGGAGGAAUUCCAUUCUAUGUUGACUGUGUCUUCAAAUUCUUGGGGUUGUAUUUUGGGGAGCGUUACCGUUUUUCUGGGAACGAUUUUUUACCGUGGUAUGUCCAUGGAGCAUCAAGUACAAGACUCAAUAAACGCCAUCUGGGCGGCCAUUGCUGCAUUGAACAGACGAUUAUCAUCUCUCGAGGAUUUGAAUAAGUUGUCAGAAGCCAAAAAAGAAAAGGCAGAAGCGAAGGCAGCUGGUGGAGAGAAUGGCAUCCAGGAGAAUGCUGCAGCGGAGCCAGCAACUAAGGUGGAAAAUGAAGCGGCUGAGGCAGCUGCAGCUGGUGAUGCCGAGGCAAAACCAGAAGAACAAGUACCAGCCGAUGUAGCAGAAGUAAAGCCAUCGGAGGAGAAGGAGGAUGAGUCCACUGAGGCUAAACCUGAAGCUGAAGAAACACCAGCCAAGGAAGAAGAGCCUGUAACAAUUGUUCCAAAUGAGGAACCAACAAAUAAAGCCAAAACAGAUGAUGAAAAGGUAACCCAAAGCCAAGUAACAGAAGACCCAAAACCAGAUGAGCCAGAAAAAUCUGAGGAACCAACUAUAGCUGUAAAAGAAACUGUAGUGGAGGAAUUGGUAAUAGAACCUCAACCACUAGGAAUGGAAGCAGACGGAUCACAUUCAAUGACACAUGCACCUAUGUCUACAUCAACAGAACCUGUAUUAAUAGUUGAACAAAGACAUGAAGACCUUGUGCCAGAACCUACACAACCUGAGCCAGAAAGUACACCAGCAGAAGAAUCAACACCAGCAGAAGUUUCAUCACCAGAACCAGUAGAAGAUCUGGUAUCUGUUGAAGUUGCACCAGCAGAGGAACCUACCAUAACAGACAUUCCUCCUGCAGAAGAAUCAGCACCUAUAGAACCUGUUGUUCCUGAAGAAUCAGUUGCAGCUGAUGAACCUGUGCAAGCAGAAGAAUCUACACCAGUAAAAGAACCCACAGAACCAACUCCAGACGAGUCUACACAAGUAGUAGAACAACCACCACCAGCAGAAGAACAAGCACAAGCAGAGGAACCUGCAAUAGUAGAGCCUGCACAAGCAGAGGAACCUGCAAUAGUAGAGCCUGCACAAGCAGAGGAACCUGCAAUAGUAGAGCCUACACCAGCAGAGCCUGUAUUAACUGGAGAUCAACUACCAACAGCAGAGGAACCUGCACCAAUAGAAGAACCUGCAUCAGUAGAAGAACCUACACCAGCAGAAGAAACAAUACCAACAAUAGAAAUAGAUGAAUCAGGACCUACAGAAAUUUCAUCUGAAGAAUUAUCAGUAGACCUAGCAGAAACACUAGAGGAACCUACACCCACUGAAUCUGCAGCAGUAGUUGAUGAACCUGCAGAAGAAACACUUGUAACUGAAGAUCCUGCAGCAGAACCUCAAUCAAUUGAGAAUUUUACCGCAACAGAAGAAAGUGCUAUUGAAGAAACUACACAUUUAGAGGAAAAUACACUCGUAGAGGAACCAGUAUCUUCUGAACCUGAACUUGUUCCUGCCGAACCAGAUCAGUGUCAACCAGAUAUAAUAGGUGUAGAACAAACAAAUGGCGAGAUUGACAAUGACCCAAAUGCCAGCGUUCCAGUUCAGUUUGUAUGGAGUGAAUCUGGUGAAGUUGUAACUCUAUCUGGCAGUUGGGACAAUUGGAGUGCCAAGACCCCUCUUGUACAAGAUGGCAUGCAUCUAGCAAUCACGAUACACCUCUCGCAAGGAGUGUACCAGUAUAAAUAUAUAGUAGAUCAGCAGUGGAAAUGCGAUAUGUCAAAGCCAACUAUUGAAGCAGAGUUCGGCUUGAACAAUGUAAUCCAGGUUGCCAGGACCUAAGGACAUCGGCACACUACUGACGCUUUUUUUGCAACUACCAAUACUACAAAGACUUACUAAAGCUUUAUCCAUACUCAAAUUUAAGUGAAUUGCCCAUAUUUAGGCAUGAUGAUGUCAUAUGACAUCCAUAUUUGGGCAUGAUGCCAUAUGACAUCCAUAUUUGGACAUGAUGAUGUCAUAUCACAUCCCUAUUUGGGCAUGAUGAUGUCAUGUCACAUCCAUAUUUGGGUAUGAUGAUGUCAUAUCACAUCCAUAUAUGGGCAAGAUGAUGUCAUCACAUCCAUAUAUGGCCAAGAUGAUGUCAUAUCACAUCCAUAUUUGGGCAAGGUAAUAGCAUGUCACAUCCAUAUUUGGGUAUGAUGAUGUCAUAUCACAUCCAUAUUUGGGCAUGGUGAUGCCAUAUCACAUCCAUAUUUGGGCAUGAUGAUGCCAUAUAUGGGAAAUUCACGUGUAUUUGUCACAUAAUUUUGAUAGUGUGGAUAGAGCCGAGGAUAUGGCACACUUGCUAGACGUUCUGGUGCUACCAACAUAGUCAACACGGAGCACCCUAUACCACUGUGAUUCAAGACCGUAGGCUUUCUGAAGAAAACCAGAAAACAACAAAAACCGAAAAGGUUCAGUUUAUAGUAGGAAUAACACAAUAAAGUUGAAACUACUUGUUUCUACAAGUUUUUUUUUCCUCAGUAGAUUUUUAAAAAAUGAUAAUUGAGUAUGGUUCUUCCUGCUUGGUGCUAAAGUGCUGUUCCAUUCCAAUGCAGUUAAUCCUUUUGACAUUUCUAAGAAUGGGAAAUUUAUGCUGGUAGUCAUUGUCAUAGCAAAGACCGGUCGCAGUUGACCAUUCGCGAUCCGAAGUAUGGAACUCUGCCAAGUCUGCCUGUCCUAAGCAGGAAUCAAAAACUGUAAAUUUGUUAAAUGUAUUUCUGUUUAGUAAAAAUCAUGUACCUAUCUAGUAUUCCUUUCUUAUCUGUGUUCUUUGUUAUUUUUAAAAUUAUGCGUUUAUUCACCGCUUGUUAAAUCGAAGCUCUAAAUACUAAAAUUUGUAUGCUUUUAUUUACAAAAUUACUGUAAUAAAUUUAUAAAGGUUAUAUGGUGCAUGGAGAGAAAUACAUACUGUAAGAACCAAUAUCAAAAUUUAAGUUUUUUUUUUCACAUAAUCUAUAGCUAUUAAUACUAUUCCAUUUAUAAUUUUAUAUGUUUGUAAUUAAAAAUAAUUAAUAAUUAAUUAUUUUCUUAUGAGUAUUGAUAAUACUGGGAUGUACAAUCUUGUUUUGUUUAAAACAUGUUUUGCAUUGACAAUUUUAUUGUACACUAUUAGAAGGACAAAAUUGAACUUUUAUGAAUAGGGUGAUAAACGUUUUUCCAAUCUAAUAAUACCGGCGUAGGCGUCCUGGGUUUUCAGCAUCUGGGGCAAGAAUGGAGAUGGUGUCCCUUUCCAGCUGGGAGGUUUUUUGUUCUGAGCUUGUGGGCCCUAUAAUAUGCUAUAUAGACGUGAGUACAACUCUAGCAAGGAAGCCUUAUACAUUUUUUUUGUCUAGGCUCAUCUUGGUUCCCAAUUAGUUCGCUGCCCUUGGCACGUGCCCUGUAGAUACGCCUCAGCAUAGCAGAAAAAGAUAUUGAAAAAAUUUGACUUUGUAAUGGCAUUACCAUAUUAUACACACAGUUUGAUAUUAUAUUUAUGAAGGUAUUGUUGUUUAGUUAGGCAGUGCCCUGCAUGUUACACUCUGUAUUCUGUAUUAAUUUCCUCAACAUGUUUAGAAAUAGUUAAGAUUCUUGUAUAUAUCUCACUUUGUUCAAAACACAGAUUUGGUGUCAGUUUCAGCCACUUGGGGGCGCUCUACAGUUUUUGUGGUGAUAGUUACAGUGACUGUCUGUUUUGUCUACUAAUCUAGAUUGAUCUUUUACAUAUGUUUUAACAUGUGAAAUGAUAAUGAGCAAUAUCAUAUAUUCUUUCUUUAAUGCUUCACUGUUAUAUAAUCACUAUCCAGCAAAGAUUUAUUCCAAAUUUUGGUCAUGCGCAGUGAAAUUUAAUAGCUAUGUAGCUUAGAAGUGCACCUGUAUUUAAAUUAGGUGGAAAUAUUUCAUUGGAACGAAAGCAAUAUGCAAAAUAUGUGUAUGUAAAAUAUGUGGCUACCUGUAACUUAAGGGUUAAGCCUCUUGAGUAGUAAUUGGUAGACUAGGUAUUCUCAACAGAUAUCGCCAAGUACUACUGGUGCUAAUGUAACACAUUUGCUGCCAAGCUUUUCUACCAAGACAUAGAGGGUGCCAUCAUAAUGAAUCUAAUCAACUGUAAUGAAACAAGAACUUUUGAAUCAUUUCUUCCGGGUUCAUCCCUGAUUACCAGGGUGAGAGUUCAUGUUCUGGCAACCACUGCCAGGGAAUUUAUAUGCAUUGAAAAGUGCUGUAUUUAGACAAGUUUUCUUGGACUAUUGAGCGACACCUAUUGGAUGUGAACUUGCUCUCCUAGCAUGGAAGGUUUUAACAUGCUAUACAUCUAUUAUUAAUGAUUAAUUCCAACUGUUAGUUGUAGACCAUCCACCACAUGUAUAUAGUUGGUACUGUAGUUCUCGAGCAAACUAUAAUUUCUCAUUUCAAUUCAGUGCCGUUAUGCAGAUUGUGUUUGCACUUGCAUUUCACAUUUAUGCAAACAUUUGAAAAGGUUGUGUUUACAAAGCUUCUAUGCAGAUAUAUUAUUUUGUCAUUUGAGGAUCCUGUAAAAAUACCAACUAAUUUAUAUCUCUUACUAAUGUCCUAAAGGAGCUUGAGUCCCUCUUUCUAUAUCGGUACCCAGUUUUCUUUCAUAGGUUGAAUCUCUACUAGCGUGGGUGAGAGGAUUGUUUGAGUUUGGGUCAAAAUUCAGAGGUCAGGUCACUCCUGCUUGUUCAUUUAUCAUGUCAAUAGGUGAUUCCAAAGCAAGUGAAUCAUGGUUAUUUUACGUCGGCUGUUUUGUUGAAAAGUUUCAACCAUAAAGCAAUAAACAUUCGCCUUUUAUUUAUGCAUAUUAUUUAAUAAGCUGAAAAUAUGCAAAUUUUUAAGAAGCAAAUAUUAAAAACACCUUCUUUAAAAUUGAAUAUGAAUUUGAUUCAUAAUCUAUAUCUUUAGUAGCUAUAAUACAAAUAUCAAAAACAAUAAUGAUAAUAUUAAUUUUGUUUUUACUGAAGCACUUAUGCAUGUUUUCAAAUUUCUAAUAACAAUAUACAGUACAGUAAAUAUAUGUUAAUUGUUUGGAACACUUAACUUGCUGUAGUCAUCAGUUUACUCGUAAACUUACUCGCAGUAAGUUUGGUAUUUUACCAUUAUAUUAUAAAGGGGAAAAUUUGAUUUUUAGAAGAAGAUAAUACAUAAAAAUUUUUCUCAAAUUCUUUAAAAGAAAUCCUGUGAUUAGUAAUCUCUUACAGUAUUGUAUUUUGUUGUGAAAUCAGAUUUUAACAUUUGUUAGAAAAAGUACAAAUACAUUGUUGGUUUCUGUUUAAAUGAAGAUUUAGCAAAUUUAUUUGCUCCCCUUUAGACCCAAAAUACUGUAAUACAAAAAGUGACAAAAUAAAUUCUGAAUUACCAUCUAUUAAAGUUUUGUUGAUACCUACAGUAUACAAGGCAAGACUUUUUAAUACCUUGUUUAGCGAGCGUUUAAUGACAAAAUGGAAAUUUCAGUUAAAAAACAAUUUUUUUAUAAUACAGUACUGUAUUUUUAAUUCGCCCACUGCUGCUUGAAAUCUCUCAAAAAUAGGAUAUCGAUAUUUAUUCUUUAAUUAAAUAAAUUUAAAGCAUUUAUCAAUCCCAUUACUACACUUGUUUACAUUCACCAAUAAAACUCUCUGAUGAUCUUUACAAUAAGUUCGCUAAACAAGGUAUAAAAAAAAUGCCUCGCCCUAAAGGCGUGACAAUCUUUAAAGAAUCUAAUGCUGUAUCAGUUUUGUUGCUAAAUAUACUGUAGUAAACUAACAAGAAUCUAUAAGCCGUGAUUCCGAGCCUAAUAUUUGUUGUUAUUAAUUGUAUUAUGAAUGAGUACUGAUCGUUUUCAUGAAUUUCAAUGUGGAUUGUAAAUCAAUUAGUAGUUAAUUAAGUAGAUAAUUAGUGUAGGUGUCACGCUGAUUGCAUUCUACAGUGUUUAGUGUUAAAAUUUUUUGGAGUUACGGUGCUCGAUUAGGUGUGCUUUACUAUCCUUUCCCUGAAGAAAAGUCGGAAUGACUUCAAUGCACUUCAGAAAAUGCAAUUAAAAGUAUAUACUAAUCUA